AUGACCGAGGUUCCGGAAUUCUUUUUACUCCCUGAAGUAGAUAUAAAAACCUGUAGGGUUCUACUACAACCAUACUGUCCUCGCUCGGCUUCCUCCGAAUCUAAUUCAUCAGCACUUCAAAAGGGCGAUCAUCAAAAUAACGAAGGCCCUUUAAUAUAUUAUGAACCGAAUCUAACACCCGAAACAUUGGCAGAAACAACUGCUAAAGUUACAAAAAACAUUGAACAUCAACUUCGACAACCUGAAGGAGAUCCACGAAUAAAUCGCGAAUAUGCACUGAGUCUUAAUGUCAAGCGACAAAAGUAUUGCAAAGCCUUACAAGUUCUGACAUAUGAGCAAGAUAAAAAAGCACCUAAUCGUAAAGAAUCUACUAUCAUCAUAUCAUUCCUUGAUAAAUUCAUGCUCGAAUCUCAAAUUCGGGAAAAUUUUGAAGAAUGUGGAUUUGUACGAGAAUGUAAUAUCGAAAAACAUCCAGAUUAUAAUCAUAGUCUCGGGAUCGCAACAGUUACUUAUUAUGGAGAUGAUGAUGGUGCAGCUUUGAAUGCAGCGAGAGAGGCCGUUAUUAGGUUUAAUGGCAAACAAAUAUCCGGUGGUCCACCAAUCAAAGUGGAGCUGGAUAAUGAUGGAUCAAAAUUGAAAUCUGCCAUUGAUACAAAUAUUUCAGAGGGUCAGGCACAAAAAGAAUCACAUUCACCUAGUAAUAGUCAUAAGUCAACACCAUUGGCAAAUGAUAUUGAUAUGGAAAUUGACGAUAUACCAUCCCCAUCCCCACCAAUGGCACCCCCACCAGCUCCUCCAAUAAAAGUUCCAUUAGAUCCACCACCACCAUCUCGGUCAUUAGAUAGCAUCAAUAGUAAAUUUACACAUUCUAUUCCAACGAAGGAUUCAACGCUGACAACAAAGCUUCUGGUAAAAGACUCUUCUAAAAUUUCAUUAAAAGAUUCUGUUCCAGCAUCUAAGAUGCUAUCAAAAACUUUUUCAACAUCUAAAGUGUCAUCGAAAGAUUUUGACUCAGAUAUUAAAGGGUCGUCGAAAGAUCCUGCAAAAUUAUUUAAUGAAACUUUGGAUAAGAAUGAGCAGAAACAAGAUAUGCAAUUUAUGAAUGAUGACAAGGAAGAUGGUGAAAUUGAUUCAAAUACUGAAGAAUCGACUCCACGUAAUAUUAAGGUUAAAGGGUUUGAAAGAAGCCCAUUUGAUUCAACCUGGCGAUAUCCAAUUGAAUCUAGAACGCGAUUAUCUUCUUCAUGGCGUGAAUAUGACCAUAUACAAUAUGAUUCGGAUCGUUACAAUUUGGAUCGUAGAAGACGAAAUUCUUCAAGAGAUAGAUCUAAUAAAAGCAAGUAUUCUGCUGAGAAGAGUCGAAGUCGAAGUCGCGAUAGAAGUCCCAAUGGUUUUCAAAACUGGAAUCGUGACCGAGAAGGUAAUCAUAGUAGAUAUCAUGAUUCUUAUCGUAGCCGUGAUCGUGACCGUGAUUGCGUUUCAAGUCGUGAAUAUGAAAGCAAUCGUAGACAUGAUCGAGAUAUAACUCGUUCACGUGGUCGAGAAAACGAUCAAAGUCGUGAUAAGGAUAACAACCGCAAUAAUGAUCGUGAUCGAGACUAUUCAUAUAGUCGGAAUACAUCAGAAAGAUCCCAAAUAUUGCGCAACGAUGAAAAGAAAAUUAAAAUUGAAAAAGAUGAUGAUAAUACUGAUCUCAGUUCUAGCAUCAAAAUUGAAGAGGAAGAAAAAAUAGGUAUAAGUUUCUCAGAGGCAUUUCAUGACCUAAAAGAUCUUCCAAGUUUCCGGAAACGUUCAAAUCUGAACACGAAAGACUCAAAGAAAAAACAAGAAAUUUUGACGAAAGAUCAAAAGCAUCUUUCCACACAUGGUUCUAAAGAUAUUAAUCGAGAUUCUGAACAAAAGAUUACUUCGAAAAAAUCAAUAACAAAGAAACCGUCAAAAUCAGGCGAUAAUGAAUCAGAUGGUUACGGUACUCAAGAUACUGAUGAUAAGUUGUACGGAAACAUUCGUCGAAAAAAUAUCAAACAGGGUACCAAACCUGAUAAACGAGUUGAAAGACCGAAAAUUAGUGAUUGGGACUAUUCAUCAUCUGAGUCAUCACUAGAAGAUACGAAAAAAUCAUCGUCAACUGUUAGAAAUCUGUCACCUUUUAAAGAUGAAAAACUGAAUAAUAUAGAUAAUACAGAUAAAAACAAUGACAUUGAGCUACAAUCAAUACAUAAAAAAGAUCAACAAAAGUUAAGUGUAUCGAGUGUAUCUGAAACUAGUAAGAAGGUACAUAAUAAAUCUAGUGCUUCAAAUGCAUCUGAAACGGCCAAAAAAGUUAAAAGUAGUAGCUAUACCUUCAACAAUCCCACAUUAAAACAUCGUGAAUUAAAGAAUCGAAUUUUUGUCGCUACGCCUUCGGGAUCAAGUACAAAAAUUAAAUCUAGUCGCAGACAAAAAAACAAUUUGGUCUCAAAUACACAAGGCUCAAAAUCUAAAAACAUAUUAAUAUCUAAUUCAAAAACAUUUAAUGCACAAGAGACAUCAAGUUCUAUCAGGAAUCAAUAUGUAGAUGAUACAACUAGUGAUAGUACAAAACAAACAAGUGGAUCAAAUUCAAACAGCGAAGGACAAACGGAAGAUUGUGAUUCGUUUUUCAACUCAGAAUGGGUUGAGAGACCGUACCUUACUCCGGAAGAUGGUAUUACUGAUGCAUUUGAUUUAGACAUGAUCAAACUUUAUCUCACUUUACAGCAGAAUAACCAACUGGAUAGUGAUGGUGAACCGAUAGAUUGGGUAGAAAAAGAGGAAUACACUGUCAGAGUGGGUGACUAUGCACCUGAUCCAGGACCUCAUAAAACAGGAUGUGCUAGGACUGAAGGGUAUUACAAAAUACCACCAGAAGAAAAACGUAAAUACGUUACAUAUGGAAUCGCCGGUACACCAUAUGCAAAUGCCACAGCUCCAGCGCCUAGUCCACGUGAAUCAAGAGCAAAACGACGGGAAUUACAUGCAAGGAUGGCCACAGCAUCGGAAGAUUAUCUUCAAUUCAAUCCAUUAAAAUCACGAGAAAGAGAACUUACAAUAGCAAAAUCACCGAUACAUCAUUAUGGACUUUUCACUUUGGAAAAAAUAAAGUGUGGAGAAUUUGUGAUCGAAUAUACAGGAGAAUUAAUUAGACAGGCAGUUGCAGAUUUGAGAGAAAGAAAAUAUAAAGCAGAAGGGAUUGAUGGAAGUUAUAUGUUUAGAGUUGGAGAUGAUACAAUAAUCGACGCCACCAGAAUGGGAAAUAAUGCUAGGCUAAUAAAUCAUUCAUGUGAGCCGAAUUGUAAUGCUAAGAUUCUUAACGUCAAAGGACAUAAAAAAAUAGCCAUAUACGCGAAGAGGAACAUACAAAAAAAUGAAGAGAUCACCUAUGAUUAUAAG